AUGGACGAUGAAACCAAAUCUUCAACAAAGUCUGAAGACGAGGACGAGGACGAGGACGAGGAUGAAGAUAGAGACGGAGACGGAGACGAAGACGAAGACGAAGACGAAGACGAUCCUGCCUCCGAAGACUCAACCAAUUCCGAAGGAAAAACUUACUGCGUCUGUGGCAAAGAAUCAUACGGCAAAAUGAUUGCUUGUGACAACAAACAUGUAAAGUGCGCAAAGGAAUGGUUUCAUCCCAAAUGCGUCCGACUAACCAGAAUUCCUCCACCACGCUCCAAAUGGUAUUGUCCAGAGUGCCGAAUGAAACUUGGCAAGGGCGUCUUCUCUGAUGGUGUUGUUGGUGGGAAUAACAUCAGGUAA